UUCAAAACCGAGAAUUCCUCUCCAGUGUCUUCCCCCAAAGCCCCCUUCCGGUCUCCGGGCCUCCCUUCUGCGCCCGGUCGCACCCUUAUAAACCCUAGCCCUAAUAUUCAUUGACUUCAAUUUUGUCUUUAAAAAUUAAAAAAAAAUAGAAAAAAAUUAUGGCACAAGAAGAUUCUCUAGUUGAAAUGCUAGAUUCAACCUAUGCUAGUGAUCAGUCUAAAUCGUCGUCUUCUGAUCUGUCGCGAUCGGCGUCGUUCAGUAAGCUUAACGCGUGCGCUCCAGAGUUCGUUCCCGCGCGAUCUUCUACGACGAUUUCGACAGCGUCGGCGUCUCAGUCGCAGGUGCAAUUACAAGUGCCGCCGCCGCCAAGAGUUAUGAUGCCUCCGCCGCCGGCGUUUCAUAAUCAUUAUCCACCACGUGGUUAUUCUCCGCAUCAAGGGAUGGCGUUUCAUAUGCCGAUGCAGAAUCACGUGAUUUCGGUUCAUCAUCCUAAUCAUCAUCACCAGAUUCAACAUCACGUGCUGGUUCAGAAUUAUCAUAACCAUCACCAUCACACUUAUCGAAAUCACAAUCAGAGUCAUCAUAAUCAGAAGCAUAAUCACAUUCAUCGUCAUGACGAAGGAAAUCAGGAGGUUGAGCUUGCAGUCGAGGAUCAGAAAGGUCAGAAGGAUCAGCAUCACGCUGGGUUAUCUGAUGAAUCAACUCAGAAGAUUUUGAAUCAGGUGGAGUAUUAUUUCAGUGAUUUAAACUUGGCCACUACGGAUCAUCUUAUGAGGUUCAUUCACAAGGAUCCUGAAGGAUAUGUGCCAGUAUCUGUUGUUGCAUCUUUUAAGAAAAUUAAAGCACUCAUAAAUAGUCAUUCCCAGCUUGCCAAUGUUUUACGGAACUCAUCAAAGCUUGUUGUUAGUGAAGAUGGAAAGAAAGUGAAACGUCUGAAUCCUCUAACUGAAUCAGAUAUGGAAGAAUUACAAUCUCGCAUAGUCCUCGCUGAGAAUUUACCUGAGGAUCAUUGCCACCAAAAUCUUAUGAAGAUUUUUUCUGCUGUUGGGAGUGUUAAGACUAUACGUACUUGUUUGCCCCAACAUUCUGGUUGUGGGGCUCUGUCAGCAUCUAGAUCGACAAAAGGGGACAGCAUGCUUUUCAGUAACAAGUUGCAUGCAUUUGUGGAAUAUGAAACCAUUGAGCUUGCUGAGAAAGCGAUUGCAGACCUGAACAAUGAGGGAAACUGGAGGAGCGGUCUUCGGGUCUGUUUAAUGCAAAGACAUGUGUCGAAAAACCCUCAUUCUAGAGGUAGAAAAGGGCAUGAAGGGGAGUGGCACUAUGAGGAAGAAGAUCCUUCCUUAUCCGAGCAUCAUUCAAAUGAGAAACAACUGGAAGACCAUCACCAGCAACAAUACGAUCAUCAUUCACAUGAAUAUAUGGGAGAGCAGUAUGUAAACGACAAAGAGGGUGAACACAAAAAAGGGCAAAACAAGGGCCGUGGUAAGGGACGUGGACAAGGCGACCGUGGCCAAUAUCAUCACAAUAACCAUAACUGUGGGCAUCAUGUGGGAACACCACCAUCAAAUAAUAUGAUCAAUAAUGAGCAGCUAACCAUAGGCAAGCCACCUCCAGGGCCUCGAAUGCCGGAUGGAACAAGAGGAUUUGCUAUGGGUCGGGGGAAACCAGUUGCUGUGAAUAACUCAUGAAUUUUCUGUCUUCAAAUCACUGCUGCUCUUGUAACUGGCAUGAGACAACAAGGACGCUGUGGUGGGUAACUGUGUCUAUUUGGGUUGUGUCAAUGGCGGGGUUUAAACAAGGGGCUUUUCAUCGUUCGGAAGUCACAUUAGGUUGUAUUAGCAAUUUGUCUGAAGUAUUUUCUUUUUCAGAAAUGUGUUGUGUAAUCAAUAGUUGUUAAAUUGAUGUAGAAAAACCAGAAACCAAAACACCCUUGGUGGAGACAAGACACAGAAAUAAUACCUAGAUAGAUAUAUGGAGUCAGGAACUGCAAAAAUAAAAAGAUAUUGCAAAUAAAUUGGUUUUCAUUUAGGUUGCA